UCGCAAAAAAUACGACUGUUUUGCAGUCUAUACAACAAAGAAUUUUACGAGUUUCAUAACCAUUCCACUCUAUAAACUAUGGUUAGGACUGAGCGGAAUAAAAUUCAGUUUUUAGGGCGUCUAAUUUCAAGCUAAUUUAGCAGCGGGCAUAACGCAAGGCCGAUUUAAAACUAUGGCCACAGUGACACAAUUUAGUUAUCUAAAGUAGCGAUUCUUUGAACCUCUUUUGCGACAAGUAGUCUUUGUCGUAGCAUUCCAUUUAUUCCUUGGAUAUGCGUUAAUUCCAUUGUGGGGUUUUGGAGAUGGUUUGAACAUUUUCCCUAAGGUGGUUAAUUUUACUCAUGGUGGCCUGUUUGGUUUCUCUUUAGGGCUUUUGGAGUAUCAUUUCCGAAAUUACUCAGAUACAUCAUCGGAGUCGUCAGGUUACGGAUCAGUGCACAGUAAAUUCGGCUCUACCAGCUCCACACCAAGUGUGAUGCUAGCCAGUCAGUACAGCAACAACGAAAAGGGCAGCAAAAAUGAAUCAUCAGAAGAGAAAACGAGAUCGAGAUCGUCUUCUUUAGGGAGAUUCUUAAUGAAGAAGAAGCACAAGAAGGAGCGAGGACAAAUGCCACAUUUCCCACAAAGCAGCUCAACUGCAGGCUCUGAAGCUGUGAUGAUAUACCGUCGCUCAAGUGAAGCCCAAGGUUUUCACACCACUGUUCUUCAAAGCAGUUUUCGGAGAAUAUUGGGCUCCAAUCUAGAGACUAAACAUGGAAGGCGACUGAAUAACUACACGAUAUAACCAAGAAACUAAA